AUGAUGUUGAGCCGGCGAAGAUCACCGGUAGUGGCUUCGCUACAGCUGCCGCUGGUGACAACUCUUCUGUUUCUAUGGGUCCUAAGCUGGGGGCAUGCAACAGCAGAUGCUGAUAUAGCUAACAUGACGGCACUCCAGAAACAUGUCUCUUUUUUCGACCGUAACAAGGAUGGCAUCAUUACUCCUACAGAAACAUUUGAAGGAUUUGUUGCAAUUGGUUGUGAUGUUGCGUAUUCUAGAGACUCUGCCUCUUCCGUGCAUGCUGCCCUUGGUCCUAUAACAAGCCCGGUUGAUGCACCAUUGCCCCACAUUAAUAUUCACAUAGGCCUAAUCCACAGAGCAAUGCAUGGAAGUGAUUCAGGUGCAUUAGAUGCCAAAGGAAGGUUUGUUCCCCAAAAAUUCAAGGAAAUAUUCAUAAAGCAUGCAAAAGCCAGACCAGAUGCGCUGACAUCCUCAGAGGUGGAGGAGAUGAUACUAGCAAAUCGAGAUCCACUAGACCCUCGAUCAUGGUCGGCGCCUGUAAAUGAGUGGGGCCUGACAUACAAGCUCGCAAGUGAUAGAGAUGGUUUUCUUCAGAAGGAUAGUGUAAGAGGUAUAUAUGAUGGAAGUGUGUUUGUCAAGUUGGAGGAAAAGAGGUCUCUUCGGAGUGAAAUAUGAUGGGCUAUACCAUUGUGUGUUUACACAACAUUUGGGAAACCUAUGUGUUCAUAUAGUUAUCAAAUAUGAUGUAUAUUGUU